CGGGGUUCGACGACGCGGCGCGGGCGUGGCCGCGAGGGGCGCGCUAUAAAAGCUCCCCGUCGCGCUCCACCGCCAAGUUGAUUCGCAGCUCCAUCAACGCUACCACCGCAGUCAUGAAGGUCAUCGCCGCCGUCCUCUGCCUGGCCGCUGCCGUCAGCGCUGGCGUCGUCGCCCCCGCCACCACCCUGGUGCGCACCCCCAGCCUGGACUCCGCCGUCAUCCAGUCCGACCGCGUCGGAGGCAACUUCGCCUACAGCACCGUCGAGGGCCACGCCUACGCCGCCGUCUCCCCCGUCGUGCAGAACGUGGUGCAGCCCGUCGGCGUCUCCUACACCGCCCACCAGGUGCCCGUCGGCGUCGCCUACUCCGCCCCCGCAGUCGCUUACGCCGCCCCUGCCGCCGUCGCCGCCCCCAUCGCCGCCUACGCUGCCCCCGCAGCGGUCGCCGCCUAUGGUGCCCCCGUUGCCAAGAUCCACGUCUAAGACCCCUUUUACUUCUUGAAGAUUCAAAUGAACUUUCAUGAUGAAUCUUCCUUCUCCAUCCUAAAUUGAUACUCUUGAAUAUGAGAACUCUUCGAUUUCUUUCCUCCACUCUUUAUUUAUUAAAAUAAUAAAGAAACUUUGACG